UUAUUUUUUUUAAAUGCUCCAAUUUAAAGCUACUUCUUGGAAUGAUAAUUUUACCCAAAACCAAAACCACUUUACAGAGAGUGUGUGGUUGGUGGUCCCGCCGGCUACUGCGACUUGUGGUCAUCGCUCAUCUCACGCACACAUAUGCACGCAUCUGUCAUUUGAAAAGCCGCACACAAUCGUGUUUUGUGCAAAAAACCGUUCGCGCACAAACAGUUCGCACAUGUUUGCAGGUCGUGCAGCAAAGGGUUUUUGAUGGUGAUCCGCAGCGUUUGGACAGCUUUUUAAUGUGUUUUCGCUUAAUCGAUUUUGUUUGUGUGAUGUUUUGUCGUUAUAAUUUUUAUGCGUCGUUACAAAUGAAAAGUACAAUCCUGCGUUACUAGUGUAAAACAUUGCUAAUUCCCGAAAGCAAGAUGGAGGUAACGAAACAGAACGCUUCCAACAACAAGACCGCGGAAGAUUUGUGGAAACUAAUACUCGCUCCAUACGGUUGGGACGAGCCAAUGAAUGAGGCUGCAAAAGAAUUUUUAAAAAAUUAUCCCGAUUUCAUUCCGAUGUUAAUCGGUCAAUCGCAUUACAAAAUUGAUCUGAGAUCGCUUAUCAUGGAAGCCAGCGCGAACAAGUGGCGCAAUACGACGUUAGAUGAAAUUCGUGAAGAUUUUGAAGCGAACGGGACUACCUGCGAGCUGGAGGAGGAAGCUGACCUGCAGGCAAAGCACGCGCCGGAAAUGGACGGAAGCGAACUAAUGGAAGCUGUGGAUGUUGCAACGGAGCUGAAGAAUAUGGUGCUGCAGGACAUCUCUAACCAACCGAAACAACAAUCAACAACCCGUCCACUACGAAAAUGCAGAAACAAAAGUACCUGCGAGCUGGAUCACUGUGUGUUCUGUUUCAACAAUAAGGCGGACCGGGAGGUAUACGAGAGCCAUCGAUGCAAGGAUGAGGCCGGCAACGUAACCUGUCCGGUGUUGCAAACAUUCGUAUGUAUGCGCUGCAAAGCCACCGGUACGAAAGCACACACCGCCAAAUAUUGUCCGUUCAAGCCGGUUAUCACGCCGGAGGAUUGUCUGGCAAUGGAGCUACGGCGGCAUAAGAUACACCGUAAGGGUGUAUGUACUGCGAGCGAGAUCAAUGUCUCGGCUGGUUCAAGCAGUGCCAUAGUUCAUAGUAAGAAGCGGCUAGUCCGUUUGUAGGACAGAGUCGUUCGUUCAUUUCAUUUUAUUACUUUACAAAAUAUCCAAAGCUCUGUGAGCUUCAAGCAACGGGUAGUAGCUGACAUCAGCUCUGGUGGACAACAAUGGCUUGCAGUAAAUACGUUUCUGGCUGCUACCUUGAAGAUAUAUUUAUUUUGGAAAAGUGGAACUUUAUGCAGGAUGAAUAAUUUUGCCAUCGAAUCAAAUAGC